CUCAGGCUCCGCCGCCGCCCGUAUCGCCCGGUCGUCACCAACCCUCGGCCCCACCCCGGGCUCCGGCCGGCCAGCCGGCGGGCACGCCCUCCUCCGCGGACAGGGCUGUCUACAGAGAGAGAUCCUCACAUGGUUUCAUGUAGGUGAGCCUCGGACGAGUCAGCCCUGCCUGUCACCAGCUCCCGCUGUGAUGCUCUAAGUCACAGUCAGUCUGAACACUUGCUGUCUAUGGACCUGCUCUGACUCUUAGAGCCUGCUUAUGGGGGAAGCAUUUCAUCUUCUCUAGACAAGGAGAGUGGCCAUCUGUCUGAUCGCUGCAUCCGGCCGGCCCCUCUCGACCUCCCAGAGCCGCUUUGUUCUGAGGUGACACCAUCUGGGCCCCAUCUGUCCUUCCUCACGGCGCCCUCGGCACCUUGAGCCACUACCCCCAGCCGCAUUUUGGGAGAAAGAUGGAGUCGAAGGUCUCAGAAGGCGGCCUGAACGUGACCCUGACAAUCCGUCUGCUGAUGCAUGGGAAGGAAGUUGGAAGCAUCAUCGGGAAGAAAGGAGAGACAGUGAAAAAGAUGCGUGAAGAGAGUGGCGCGAGGAUCAACAUCUCUGAGGGGAACUGCCCGGAAAGAAUUGUGACCAUCACAGGCCCCACCGACGCCAUCUUCAAGGCCUUUGCCAUGAUCGCCUACAAGUUUGAGGAGGAUAUCAUUAACUCUAUGAGCAACAGCCCUGCCACCAGCAAGCCCCCGGUGACGCUGAGGCUGGUGGUCCCCGCCAGCCAGUGUGGGUCCCUGAUCGGCAAAGGCGGCUCCAAGAUCAAGGAGAUCAGGGAGUCCACAGGUGCCCAGGUCCAGGUGGCCGGGGACAUGCUGCCCAACUCCACGGAGCGGGCAGUGACCAUCUCGGGGACCCCCGACGCCAUCAUCCAGUGCGUCAAGCAGAUCUGUGUGGUCAUGCUGGAGUCCCCACCGAAAGGUGCCACCAUUCCCUACCGCCCAAAGCCCGCCUCCACCCCUGUCAUUUUUGCAGGUGGUCAGGUAAGAGCCGACCCGCUCGCGGCCUCCACUGCCAACCUCAGCCUUUUACUGCAGCCCCCGCCGCUGCCCGCCUACACGAUCCAGGGACAGUACGCCAUCCCCCACCCAGAUCAGUUGACCAAGCUCCACCAGCUGGCCAUGCAGCAAACCCCCUUUCCUCCCCUCGGACAGACCAACCCCGCUUUCCCCGGAGAAAAGCUGCCUUUACACUCCUCCGAAGAAGCUCAAAAUCUGAUGGGCCAGUCGUCAGGUCUGGACGUCAGCCCCCCGGCCAGUACUCACGAGCUCACCAUUCCCAACGAUCUAAUAGGCUGCAUAAUUGGACGCCAAGGGACCAAAAUCAAUGAAAUUCGACAGAUGUCUGGAGCUCAGAUCAAAAUCGCCAAUGCCACAGAAGGGUCAUCGGAGCGCCAGAUCACCAUCACGGGGACCCCAGCCAACAUCAGCCUUGCCCAGUACCUCAUCAACGCCAGGCUGACGUCUGAGGUCACUGGGAUGGGCGCACUCUAAUCCUGCCCUUCGGCCUCCGCUCCGUGAACCUGACCUCCACCCGGCUCGCACACUCUGUACAGACCGCCCACCUGCCCUGCGUCGCAAAUAUAAAUAGAGGUUUUCUUUACUAACGAAAGUUAUAUGCCGUAGACAUACACGCCAACAGAGCAAAUCUAUAUUCUCUCUGUGUCAGCUCCAGGCUCUGUCCCCGAUACCUCUCUGGGAAUUAAUUUAUGCUCGUCUGUUCAUGCAUUGGCAUGCAGUGUUAAUUAUUUUAAAUGCUUUGGGGGCAUUCCCAUCUGUGACAUUUUAGAAAUACUGUCCCUUAGUGUCAGUGUACCUGUUAAAGAAUUGGUUUGACAUUCCGACAGCACUUCCCACAAGCCGUCUCUCCCAGAACCGUGGUUGCUUUGAGCGGGUUCGCUCCCGCCCAGCUGUCCCCCCCACCCCAUGCUGACUCUGCUCCCCAAAGCCUGUGCUCGCUCCCACGUGCCCACUGGGCCUGCGCUGGGGGCAGGGGCGCGCUCCCUCUGUUGGCGGGGAAGGAGAACGGAGGACAAGGUCCUAACCCACUGUGCAGGUGAGGCCGUGGGUGCUGGAAUCUUGACCUCACUGAGUCGUUGCGUCACGUGCUGGGGACGCACGCGUGGGCCCCCAGGCGUCUUCCCGGGGUGGCUGGCCAGGAAGCGCCUCUGCACCAUGGCAGAGUUCAAUAAA